UAACAAAAGCAAAAACAUCGGUUAAUAAGUAGGCAAAGGCAAAGCAAAGGCAAAUGCAAACCCUCUCUCUCUUAAAACCGAACCUUGUUUUUCACUCUUCCAUUUCUUCUACACUUCUUCUUCUUCUUCUUUUCUGUUUCUUCAACCAACCGAACUAAACAAAACUGAACAAUCCCUUUGAAAAAGCUUCUUUUUUUCUUUGUUUUUGGAAGAUUUUUGUGGUAGGUGUUUGUGUUGGUGGUGGUGGUGGUGGUGGAGUUGAACAAGAAGCCAUAAAAAUGGAAGCCACAACUGCAAGAAUAUUACAAGAAAACAAGAACAACCCAUCUCCCUUAAACUCACCAAAUAGUGUUGGAAGCAACACCACCAGCUGUAGCAACAGCAAUGGGGUCCAAAUUCACACCCCACCUCUCACUCCAAUUCCCAUCUCCAGAUCUACAGAAACCAACCCUUAUCCAACAACUUUUGUUCAGGCAGAUACAACCAACUUCAAACAAGUAGUUCAAAUGCUAACUGGUUCUUCAGAAACCGCCAAGCAAGCUUCAUCCAAACCGUCUGUGCCAACAGAUCCAUCUUCUUCAUCCAACAAGUCUUCUUUUGUGAUACCACCCAUCAAAACCACCACACCCAAGAAGCAAAGUUUUAAGCUUUAUGAAAGGAGAGCUAACAACUUCAAGAACAGUCUAAUGAUCAAUACUUUGAUACCAAGUUUCGCAAAUAAUUCUCGGUUUUCUCCUAGGAAUAAGCCUGAAACCUUGUCUCCAAGUUUGCUUGACUUUCCAAAACUUGCACUUAUUAGUCCUGUUACACCACUAAAUGAAGACCCUUUCAACAAGUCUUCUCCUUCUUUAGGAAACUCAUCAUCAGAGGAAGAAAGAGCCAUUGCUGAGAAGGGAUUUUACUUGCAUCCAUCACCAAUAUCAACUCCAAGAGACCAUGAACCACAGCUUUUGUCACUGUUUCCUGUAACUUCACCUAGAGUUUCAGGCUCAUCUGCCUGAAAAAAAAAAUAUGUACUUUGAGAAUGGUUUUAAGAGAAAGUUUGAUGGGAUUUGGAUGAUUCUGAGGGACGAAAAGUAGAGGAUCUUGUUUCAAUUGUACAAUUUGAUCUCUUUUCAUAAUAUGGUAAAGCUUCUUGUUUCCUUUCUUCUGUUUCUGUUUUUCUUUCUUAGUUUCUGAUUUUCCUCUGACAUAAAACUCUAAAUAUUUAGUGAAAUUUUUUUUAACUUCUAUGAUCAAGAACAACCCAUGUAUAUUUUUCGCUGUAUAUACUUUUUUCUGCCAUGGCAGUAAGUCAUUUAGUGAUUUGCC